UUGUAGGAUGAUGGUGGAGAGUUCACAGUGAAGACACUCAUGAUAAGUGAAAAGGGAAGGAUGUGUAAAGUUUUGAAUCUGAACAUUAUACUUCGGAGCUGAAUAUAGGCAGGAUGGAAGAAGGACAGACGGAUGAUAGUGACACAGAGAGUGGGUGGUAUACACCACCUGAGUACAGAACAGACAGUGAUGGAGGCACGUCAUCAGGCAUGGAGGGUGCUGAAAAUAUGGCUGUUUAUGAAGAGAGUGCUGACGAAUUUAGUGAUGGCACAGACGAGGAUGAAGGGGAUGGGAUACGAGACAUGUCACAACUUGGAGCAGGUGUUGUAGCGGUCAAAGUCGAGACUGUUCAUCAACAGUCAUACCAACUUGUAGAUAAAGAUACAAAGUCACUAGCACAACACAUUGUGGGAUGUUGUCCGCAACAGCGGGGAGAAGUAUCAGCAGCACCACAGCAACAACAGCAACUCCAACCAGUUUCAGAUGGUGAUGGUGAUGAAAGAACGGAUCAGGCACACCUGUCCACAAGUACAACCUGUGUACUUCCUGUAACAACAAGUCCGCAGGUUCCGGGAACAGCAGCCUUGACACCAGAGUCCUCAAGUACAUUUUGUGUAGUUCCUGAAACAACAAGUCCGCAGGUUCCGGGAACAUCAGCCCUGACACCAGCGCCCACAUCGUCUCUUCUGCCUCCAGUACCAGGAUCUCUUGUAUCACAGAUACAGUCAUCUGGGCUGCCUCCAGUACCAGUGAGUGGGAAUUCUCCUGCAGUCACACAGUACAACCUUAUCCAAGUACAGCAGCAGUUUGGUGAUGUGACAGUGAAGGGGGGCAAGAAUCUGAACAUUGGCGGAACUCAGAAUGUCGGUACAGCUCAACCCAAACAGGAAGAAGAGGAGAUACCACUGACUGCAGCACAGAAGAUCAGGAAAAGGACGACAUCCAGGAUACAGUCGUGGACUAAAGACAUGGUGGAGACAGAUGCCCUCAAGAAAGUGAAAGAGAAGCUACACAGAGGUGCAACAUGGGUGACAAUUACAGGAAGACCGGGAGAGGGGAAGUCCACAACCGCCUACAUGGCUCUCAAAGACCUACACAGUCAGGGGAGACAAGUAUACCAAGUGGUGUCACCAGAAGAGUUCAAUGAGGUCAUAAUGGCCUGCUCUAACCCUGUCAUUCUGUUAGAUGACAUAUUUGGUGAUCUAGAAUUCGACGCUGCAGAAUGGACCAAAUGGAGACCAAGUCUCCGACCUAUUUUGGAUGUGAAACAUCCUGACAAAUAUGCUGAAAAAGAUUCUUUGGACAUUUCGACCAAAACUGAAAAGGUUUCAGAGAGGACAAAAGUUGAUCAAACACAGGUGAAACAAACAAGUCCAAACAAAGACAAAACUAUCAUUAUUCUCGUAGGCCGGGACUAUGUGCUGAAAUCCUCAUUGGCAGACUUGGGAAGGAUGGCAGAUUACAUUUCCAGUCCCCAAUACGUGGUGGAAGUUUCCUCACAGAGAGACUCUUAUGAGCGGAGGAAGAUAUGGCGUGUUCAUGCUGAAACAAAAAACAUAAACUUUAAAGAGUCAGUUGUGUCACAGAUAUGUAAGGUAGACUGUCCACAUGGCUUCCCCCAUGUAUGUAAAAUGUUUGUCGCAGCAUAUGAAAAGGAUUGGACUCAAUUUCGCCCAGAGGCUUUUUUUCAAGCGCCUAUUGCUUUCCUCAACAAAACUUUGAUUAAACUUAUGAAAGAUGAGGAAAAGCAUUCACUGUUCAUGGCAAUGAUUAAAAAAGAUGGGGAGAUUAGUGGACAAGAAAUGGAGGCGGAUGAUAACCUCGGUUAUAAACACAAAGACGUUGCUGACGAUUUGGUUGGAUCUUACCUCAAGAAGGAGGAUGACACCUACAUGUUUGAUCAUCCGUCUAUUUAUGACAGUGUUUCCUUUAUUCUCAGUACAAAACAAUUGAAGUUUGUUAUUGAAAAUUGUAGUUUGUCCUUUAUAAAUCAGCGACUUCGUCUUGCACCCCCCAGAGGGAGAGAGGAAAACGUUGCUGGUGAGGCAGGUCUUGUUGCAAGCAUCCCAUGGACAUAUGCUGGACAUUUAGCCAGAAGAUUUGCAAGUGAAAUACACAGGAGGAAUUUGUUGCAUGUUUUAUCCCACCAUGCAUGUUGUAAUUCAGACUUUGUUCACUUGCUAAUGGACUGCCUGAAGACACAGUUUCACAUGUGUGCAUCUGACAUUGUGAAACUAACUGAUAAGUCAUCCAACCAGUCAUUUUGUGAAUUACUUCCCAGCAACAAAUCACAUCAUCUCAUGAAAUAUAUUAUGGAGAAAGAAAAUAUAUCAUUCAGCCAGGAUGAAGGGAGGGACAUUUUGCUGGGUGUGUGCACGAAUGCUGCGUGCAGUGUACUGAAAUACAUCAGUGGAGAUAUGGAACUUCAUUUAAAUGUUAGAUACGGUUGGAAGAAAAAGACGCCGAUUAUGUUAGCAGCAGAAACCAGAGACAGCGUGUUUGUUAAUCAGAUUUUGUCUCUUGACCCUGACCUAUAUGCAAGAGACAAGUUCGGUGAAAGCGUGUUUUAUUAUCUUUGUGAAAAUGGCCUUACAUUAGCCGUAGAGCAUGUGCUUGACAAGGGAGUGGACGUUAAUGAGGAUCAAGGAUCACGCCGGGAACACCCUCUAUACAUUGCCAUAGAAAAAGGUCACGUAGAGGUGGUUAAACUGUUGGUUAACAGAGGAUGUGAUGUAGAUAACCAGAAAGGUCUUAGAUGUGCUGUUGUAAGCCUGAACGUGGACAUGGUGCUGUUCUUUUUAAACAGAAGAGUAGAGGUUGACAGUACUGUUGUGUGCAGAUCUUGUAAAGCUGGGGAGUUGAACAUAGUCGAGCUGCUGUUUGAGAAGGGUGCUACUGUUAAUAUGGUGUCAUAUGAUGGAGAUACUCCACUUCACAGCGCAUGUGGAGGAAAUCCUACUGUUGUUGCAUAUUUACUGAAGAAAGGAGCAAGUGUCAAUCAAGCUUCAUAUGUUACAGGUGACACACCACUUCAUGAAGCAGCAGGGUACCGAUCUACAGAGAGUGUAGAGGUGUUACUUAAGGCUGGGGCUGAUGUUAAUGUACAGAAUAGUACAGAUGACACACCACUUCAUAGAGCAGCAGCAGGGUGGGAAUCUGCAGAGUGUGUUGACGUGUUACUGAAGGCUGGAGCUGACGUUAAUGUACAGAAUAAUAAAUGUGACACACCACUUCAUAUAGCAGCAGGACAGGAAUCUGCAGAGUGUGUUGAUGUAUUACUUAAGGCUGGAGCUGAUGUUGAUGUACAGGAUAAUACAGGUGACACACCACUUCAUAGAGCAGCAGCAAAGAGGGGAUCUACAGAGAGUGUUGUUGUGUUACUGACGGCUGGAGCUGAUGUUAAUGUACAGAAUGAUACAGGUGACACACCACUUCAUAGAGCAGCAGGAGGGGGAUCUACAGAGUGUGUUGAUGUGUUACUGAAGGCUGGAGCUGAU